AUGGCAGUUAAUUGUCAUUUUGUUGUUUACUUUGGACUAGUGUUCUUAUAUUCAACUGUAGCAGACAUCACAGUCCACCCACAAGAAGAUUUUAAUACUGCUCAAGCAGAUUGUUCUGGCAGAGGCUUGUCUCUACCAGUGGCCGAAACGUAUGAAGAGUACGAGCUGCUACUGCAGUACUUGAAUGACAAUAAUAUUAAUACUAACGUUUGGCUUGGUCUGAAAGUUCCAGAUGGUGAAACCCGGUUUAAAUGGGUAAACGAUGGGUACAAAGAGGGUGGAUAUUUACAAACUGAAUGGGCUGAUGACGAGCCAAAUAAUCUGGACGUACCCGAAUCUUGUGUGCGAUUGAAGUCGGAUGAUGAUUUUAAGUGGAACACCAGAGAUUGUACUAAAGAGUCAGAAUUUAUUUGUGUUAAUUAUUCUAAAUCAGAUACCGAUUUUGAAUUAUUUACCACACAAAAGAACUAUGGGGAAGCACGCCAAUUCUGUCAAGGCAGAUCAAAAGAUUUACCCAUGUUGAAAACGCGAAACCAGUACGAUUUGAUUCUAGAUAAGAUAAAUACUGAUUCAAGCAUAAAAAAUAUUUGGAUCGGUAUGAUGUUUGUUGGAUCACAGGAUGAUGACUAUCGAGAGUUUAAAUGGUUUGAUGGUGAACGAAUUGAUACGGCUGAUUGGGACACUUCCGCUUCCGGUUCAUGUGUUUACAUGGAUUCGUCUGAUUCAUUUAAAUGGAAGCCAGUAUCGUGUUCCACAGCGAGGUCAUAUGUCUGUACACCAACGUUUAGAAUUCACAAUGCGUACUCUAUUGAGAAUAAAGCUAUUGGUAACUUCAGACUACAGAGCGAAUUGUUUGUUCUAUCAAUGGCUUACAGACGAGCAAAUAUUUCUCAAGGGUCUGGAUAUCUACUGGAGGCAGACGAGAGUGGAGCACAUUUUUUAACGAAUCGCCGGCAUAAAGUUAAGUUAAUUAUUUACGCCGGAGAUUCCAUUUGCUUGCCCGUGUCCGGAGUACUUUACGGGCGAUCGAUACUUAUAAACCAGUUUGACGUGGUGUUGAUAUCGUGUGUAUCCAAAAUUGCUGCCUCUGCCUUUGUACCGAUUCCAUGA